UUACAGUUCGUUUUUGAUGGUGUAAAGCCUAACGCGAGGAUAUUUUUACCAUUCAAUUUUUUUGCCUAAAGAAAUGUUUAUAUAACUCAAUGUUAACAUCAAAUUUAUACACCAUCGAACCCGAAAAAUUCUAAAUGUUAUCGCUUCAUUUUGAUAGAAUUUUUGUUUAUUUUCGGCAUAAAAUAACGUAAUUUUAAUCGUGGCGGAAUCAGUUAACUCGAAUAUUUUAUUGAAAUUAUUAUUUUUUCGGUAAUAAUUGGGAAAAGGAGAAAUAAAAGGAACGAAAGAUGGAAAAUCAAACAUUUUUGUAAUUAAAUGAAAAGUGCCGUUUUAUUGGAAAAUUGUGUCAAUUGGAAAAUCGUUGUUCGGUGCUGCUCCUCUUUUUUUGUGUAUUCCUUGCCGUUCCGAGUUUAUAUAAUAUGGUUUCUGUGUGUAUUGUAACAAUAAAGUAUGAUGACUGGGUGUGGGAUGAUGAAUGUGCUUAUCAUUUUCGAGAUGAUAAAAGUUUCAGUGAAGCGUAAUAAUAAUCGUUUUUGUUUUGACUUAAACCGAUUUUAGGUGGUGUUUUUUUCGGUGAAUUGUGUGUGAUCUACUCCUCCUUCCGAAUUGAAAGGAUAUUUUUUGUGCCAAACGAUUUUUUUUUAAAUUUAUUUUAUCUUAUCCUCAAUACCACUCCGCAUAUCUCCUCUUAUCUAUUCAUUCCGAGAAACUGAUGAUGAUGGAUUAACUUUGUCGGAUAAGACGGGGAUUAGAUGAAACUUAUGUUCGAAUCGAAAUGUUUUGAGAAAAGUGGAAGAAGCAAAAUACAAUUCAACACACAAAACUCCACAAAGUUCAUUCUAAAUAUGGCUUUGAGAAUUACCGUACCAGAUGUCUCGCAACAUUGAUGACAUGUUCUUAUAAUAUUCUCUCAGGCAACAUAUUCGAAAUCGAAGGAAGGAAGAAAGGAAAAAAAAAAUGACAAUGAAGCCAAGAAUUGAAAAAUAAACGUAAAAGCUCCACGCAUAUAUGUAUGUAUACUAACACGCACAUAAUGUAUAAAUAAAAGAAGAAAAAAAAAGUUGCGAAUAUACCAUGACUUCGGCAAAAAAGAAGUUAAUUUUGUAUAAAAUAAUGGAUAAUGGUCGACUAACUGUCGGAUAUGAUUUAUGAUACUUUUAUAUAUCCAAAUCGCAAAAUAACCGAAAAUAUAGUGAACAAAAAACAGAGCAUCAGUAACAAAACCCACAGCAACAAAAACAACAACAACCAACGCCAACACCAAAAAGUACCACAACAAAAAAAAAUGAAGAAUUCGACGAUAUCCCAUUCGAGUUGAGUAAAAGUGAGGGACGCUGAAUGUCUAGCAAUAAUGAAAUAAUUGAAUUAGCUGGAAUUUCUCAGGACGUUUAAGAUGUCACCACAUUCAAACAUACUCAUUUUGUUCAUUUUACUGGAAUAUUCAACGUUUACGCAAUUCAUUUUGGCCGAUGACGGUCACAGUCAGUUCGAAAAACACGUUGAACCGAACAAAAAUGACGAACCCGACAACACUUUCCUACCCGUACCACAAAAUCGGAUCGGUCCUACGCCAUCCACCGACAAUUUAGGAGUUGUGCCGGAGUUUCCGCAACGACCUGAUUCGGUAUAUUUUGUCGUCGCCGUUGCUGGUGGAGCUAAAGUCUGGGGAAGAACAUUAGCCAGAGCAUUGCUCGAUAUGGGCCAUCCAUUCACCAGUCCGCAAGGACCACCGUUACGGCCGUUGUACAUCGAUUUACCACCACACGGGAGAUUUUCUGCGAAUGUCUUGAUGCAAUUGUGUCAUCGCAUCGAUGCUCAACCAUUGGCUGGUAUGAUUGUUAUUGGAUAUGGUCAGGCUGCUCGUGCUGUUGCUCUAGCUGGUAAUUCAAUGAAUAUUCCAGUUCUGUGGGCCAAAGGUGGAACAGCGAAUUUGAAAGACGGCAACCGAGAGUUAACGUCUCGAUUCCAAGCAUUACUCCAACCAUCGUCACACGAAAUAUUAGAAGCGAUUAGAGCAUUGUUUUUGCAGACCCAUUGGCAUUCGUUUUUCGUUUUAUCCGAUGUGUAUUCAACAAUGGUUCUAGCUAGACGCAAUGGAGGUCCACUCAAAGAAGCGCCUCUAGUGCCGACAAUAUUACCAUUACCAGCUAACGAUGAUCAAAUUUUUCGUCAACUAGCUCAAAUAUCAAGAUCUACGCGAGGUGUUGUACUACUUCUGUGCAACAUCGAUGUUGCAAGGAAAGUAAUGCACGAAGCUCAAAGACUCAAUAUGAUUGGUGGUCAUUUCAUUUGGAUAUGGGCCGACACCAGUUCUACCACAGAAUUCUAUAAUGCCGCUUAUCAUGAUAUUUCGGAAGUAAUUAAGGAUACAAAAGAUUUACUAGAUCGUAGUGAAUAUUCGUCGAAAAAGACCGAUACCGGAAGUGAUUCAACAUAUGAUCGUAUUAGGGAAUUGCUAGAGCGUAAAAUGGACAUCGAUGAAGUGAGUCCGCGUCGCAAGAAUGCGGACAAUUCAGAAAAACUAUUGAAUCGAUUCGGUUUAAAUAUGAAAAUGAAUUUGAACGAGAACGAUAAGCCAAUCGUUGGUAUGAGAAAACGUGAUAUCGAAAUCGAUGAUAGUCUUAACCAGAAAAGCAAUGAAAGUAUCGACAAUUUUUUUAUAAACAAUUUGAAUACCGAUCUCAAUCUAGACGAUUAUCUGGUUGACAAUAACAAUGUAGAUAUUGAUGUGAAAUCGAAAAGAAAAUCGAACAAUAAACCAUCAAACGAUACGUCUUCUUAUGUUCUUUUUCAUCAUUUCGUUGAUUUUCCGGUGGGAUUAUUGGCCUUACGACCGGUUCAUAUGAAAGUGGAUCGACAUUUUAUCCGUUCAGCGGUUCGGCUAUUUGCAUCCAGUUGGGCCAAAAUCGAAAACGAAAAUAAAUCGUCGAGUAAUCGCGAUCGGGCACGGGGUGGCAGUGGUGCAUCGGCUUCGUCGUCAUCAUCAACAUCAUCAUCAUCAUCAUCAAUGAUUGGUAACAGAAAUAAAUUUAAUCAGAAAUUUAAACGAAAUGCACAAAACCAACUGCACAGCCGUGAUGGCGGUGAUGCAGUUAUCGUUAACAAAUAUCAAAAAUCAAAAAUUAUUAAAAAUAGCACAUUUCAAGUUAACAGUAGUUUUUUAAAAUCAAGUGACCUAACUAAUAAUAAUAAUAAUGAUAAAAUUAACGGUAGUUUUAAUCAAAUUUUAAGUGGCUUAAACGAAAAUAGUAAUAAUAUGAGCAAUAAUAACAAACCGAGAGUCAAAAAAGAUAUUCUAUCGAAAAAUGUGAACAAACGGCGUGGUUCCUGGUGGCAAGUGAUGAAUGUUACCGAUGCAAGAGACUAUCAGCUAUCGAAUCGGCGAACACCACGAUAUCGAGGCGGUUGUUACGGCAGUCAGACGAAGGAAGAAAUUGCCAGCGCUGAAUAUUUUGCAAGACUACUUGCGGAAAACACUCAACGUGCAUUGGCUGGCCAAAAGCUGUUAGACGGAUAUUCAGAAAAAGCUUUGACAAUUCAUUUCGAUCUACUCAAUCUGGUUCCCGAUAACAAUCGCAAAUCUUUGAAGUCUUUUUACAAUCAGCAACAAUUUGAUGGUAUGCCGCCACCAACACCAAUUAAUGAAACUCCAACUAAAUGGCGACGCGUAGGAACGGUAUCCGGUCAUCAUGUACAUUUGGAUACGAUUGUGUGGCCUGGAGGUGAUAUUGUUGUCUCUGGUCUGUCAGCCAGAGCUCGAUCUGUGUUUCGGGUCGUUACUGCCCUUUCACCACCAUUUGUUAUGGAAUCCGAAUUGGAUGAAGAUGGACUUUGUCUUCGAGGAUUGCCUUGUCAUAGGCUGUCUCCGAAAGGCCGACAAAAUUUGACGCUGAUGUUCAAUGCAAUCGAAACGAGAGAUCGACUUGAAGAGGACGCAGUAGAGCACGGAAAAGAACUGCCAGCAGAAGAAGAACAGGCGAAAGACAAAGUGGACCAUUUAACAAAAUGUUGCUAUGGCCUAUCAAUGGAUAUCUUAGACAAUAUUGCUACCGAACUUGGAUUUGAAUUUCACCUCUAUAUCGUGCAAGACGAACUGUUUGGUGGGAAGCAAAAAGCAUCUAAAAGCUUCUAUUCUCGAUCGAAAGAAACGAAUGACUUUCUGUCCAAGUCUCAGAAGAAUUCUGAUUACAGAAGUUCCAAUACGGGUACGACCAACAAAAAUAAGAAACCUGGACGGAAAAAAGGCCCAAAAUGGAAUGGGAUCGUGGGAGAUUUGAUAUCAGGUUCAGCUGAUAUGGCUUUUGCACCAUUAAGUGUGUCCAGAGCUCGAGCGGAAGUGAUCGAUUUCAGUGCACCAUAUUUUCAUAGCGGAGUGUCACUACUUGCCGCACCAAAAACAAAGUCCGAAAUUCCACUCCUAGCAUUUUUAUUACCGUUUUCUCCGGAACUUUGGAUUGCUAUUUUUACAUCGCUAAACAUAACUGCGAUUGCAGUUGCUGUAUAUGAAUGGUUGAGUCCAUUUGGAUUGAAUCCUUGGGGAAGGCAGCGUAGUAAAAAUUUCAGCAUUUCUUCAGCUCUGUGGGUAAUGUGGGGAUUACUUUGCGGGCAUUUAGUUGCUUUCAAGGCUCCUAAAUCGUGGCCGAAUAAGUUUUUGAUAAACGUUUGGGGUGGCUUCAGUGUUAUCUUCGUUGCUAGUUAUACUGCCAACAUUGCUGCACUCAUUGCUGGCCUAUUUUUUCAUAAUGCUGCCAGCAGUUACGAUGCAUCGUUACUCACACAACGGGUCGGUGCGCCAGUUUCAUCUGCUGCUGAGUAUUAUGUUCAAAAUACAGACCAGUACCUCUGGGAACAUAUGAAGAAGUACUCGUUGGAAACGCUAGAGGACGGCAUCCGAGGAUUGAAAAAUGGCAGCUUGGAUUUACUAAUGGGCGAUUCGCCAGUUCUUGAUUAUUAUCGUGCCACGGAUCAUGGAUGUCGACUGCAGCGAAUCGGAGAGACAUUCGUGGAAGAUGCAUAUGCUAUAGGAAUGACCAAAGAUUUUCCGUUAAAAGAUUCCAUAUCAGCUCUCAUAGCAAAAUAUUCGAGUAACGGAUACCUCGACAUUUUGACGGAGAAAUGGUACGGUGGACUGCCGUGCUUCAAAUUUGAAGCAGAUAUUGUGCAGCCCAGACCGUUAGGUGUUGCGGCUGUUGCUGGUGUGUUCCUUUUGUUAGGUUUGGGAAUGGUACUGGGCGUAAUAAUUCUAAUAUUCGAGCACUGGUUCUACAAAUACGCGUUGCCGACGCUACGACUAAAGCCGAAAGGUACAGUUUGGAAGAGUCGAAACAUAAUGUUCUUCAGCCAGAAACUCUACCGUUUCAUUAAUUGCGUUGAGCUGGUAUCACCGCAUCAUGCUGCCAGAGAAUUGGUUCAUUCCAUUCGGCAAGGUCAAAUAGCGAGUUUGUUCCAGAAGAGCAUCAAACGGAAGGAAGAUGAACAACGACGGCGACGAAAGAGUAAGGCUCAAUUUUUCGAAAUGAUUCAAGAAAUACGAAGGGUGCAACAAAACGAAAAAGAAAAUGCAAAUCUGGCAACAGUCGUAGAAGUUGACACUUCAAUGGAGCAGCAGAAAAGUCCGCCACAAGUAAAGCCAAAAGUCAGUCCAAAACCGAAUAUUUUCUCCGCGCUACGUAGAGAAGGCCGCUCUAGAUCUAAUUCGUCUGUAUUAAGCAUACGACGCUUUAGCACCGACAGUAUACUCGGAGAACGGAUGGAUAAUAUAGGACGACGGCUAAGUCGUGACAUAACUGCCUCGCCGCCCGAUCUGGGUCGACAUUUUGAGACAUUCGGUAAGGCUGCUUCAUCCAACACCAAAUUCGACAACGACAACAACAAAUUUGAAACGUUCGGUGGCAAGAGUGGCAACAAAAUUGACUUGCCAUUCAAGACAAAAGUAACGAAACGUCCAGCGCUUAACUUUGAAUCGUACCAUCGAGAUAGCAAAAGUGGUUUCGAGUUACCAAUUGUCAAAGAAGGACUCGAACCGCCAAUCUAUCAGGAAGAUCGCAGCAAAGCGGUGCUCAAAGCUAAGCUGCACCGAGAACUAACAGCGAAAUAUGGCCCUAAGAAAUCGAAUGAUUCACUGAAAUCUCCACCGCCACUACCCAAAAAACCGAACCGAUCGCCGAGAGUCCACAUUCGGCACAAAAGCGCCGAAGGUUUGGACUCGGACACUAACAAAUCGGACGAUAGCCUAAGCAUGCACAAGAGCAGCAUUCGACCACGAUUGCCGCAAAUGGGUAAACUGAGCAGAGAGGAUUUGCUGCGACUGAGCCACAGUUCACAGUCCGAAAUACACGAGUAUUUGAAGAAUUCAAUGGAAUUGGAUUAUCAGGCGCAACCACCUUGAAGUGGAGGUGAUUUGUAAAUAAAAUGAAUAGAAUGAUGAAGGUAUGACCGCUACCUUCGGUAUAAGUUUUCCUAACGGCCACAUUUAUUAUACGCAUGACAUAAAUUGAAUAAAAAAAAACAAAGAAAAUUUAUGCCCAAAAAUAAACGUUUUGCAAAAUGAUGAGACAGAAAAAAGUUACAAAAGUUUUUCGUAAUACCACAAGCAUCUGGGAGAAACAUUUUUUUUAAAUUAAAUUUAAACGUAAUGAUGUGUUUCAAAAUAUUGUAGUUCUCUUCCGAGGGUAUAAAAAAACGUUCAAAUAAAAUUAAUCACAAGAAAAAUAACAUAAAAUAAAAAGCAAAGAUUAAAUUAAAAUAAAAAACUGAAAAACUUGUCUAUAAAAUGCCAAUGAAAAAGAGUUACUAAAUUUAACAAAAAAUUGAAAAAUUUAAAAUGACAAAUUCUAAGAAAAUAGAAAAUUAUAUUUAAUGAAAAAGAGGAAAAAUGUUAGAGAAAUUAUUUAAAAAAUAAAAUAAAUUUAUUUAUGUUCAUAACACUUUGCUGAACAUUGCAACGACCAUUUUAGAAUUUUAGAUAGUAGAAAACAACAAAACCAAACAAAGAUAAAAAAAACAUUAAAAUGUGAAUUAACAAAAAUAAAAAUGAUGGAAAAUUAGAACACAAAUUAGCCUUAUGUAUAGUUGAGAUAUUUUUACUUCAUUUUCAUUUCCAUUUUACUCUGUGAAACUAUUAACAUAAUACUGGCGAGUAUUAAAAUAAAAACAUUGAAGAAGAAGAAAGGAAAUAAUAUUGUUAUUGAUUUUUAAAUUAUUAUACUGGUGACAACUAUUAUAUAUUUGAAUUGUAUAAAAAAAAGGAAACAUUUUAAUUAUACUUCUAUUAGAAAAUAAACGGA